CUGCAAUCACUGAGCUCUUUUUACCCAUCUCAGUGUGAAUAUCUGAUACAAUCUCCAAUUGGGUCCGAGUUGUUUCAUCAAAAUUUUCAGGGUUUUAAUUGGAAUUUUUUUUUUAAGUGGGAAAAUUAUGUUUUGUCGUCUUUUGAGAUGUUGAGCAGCUGAUCUUUCUUAGCUUUCCUUUUCGUCUUCAAAUUUUCUUGAAUAAAAAGUCGGUCCUUGAAAGGAGGAAAGGUGCUGUUUGCGAUUUGGGUUUCCUGGAAGUGUGGGAAAGGUUUCACCUUUUCAUGUUUUGGUUAAUUCUAUGAGGCGGGUUUGAUUUCUUUUAGAUGGUUGUGUGGAGAUUUGUUGUAAAAUUAGUGGCUUGAAGGGCUUAUUUUAGGAUAUUUGACAGAAGAGGGUGGUUGAAAAUUCUAUUGCUUUCCUGGGGUUUUAAUGAUUUUUUGAGGUCUGCUGAAGAUGGGACUUGGUAAUGACGCUAUAAAAGUGGAUUCUUUGGAUGUCAAGAUAUCGAAGGGGAGGAAGAAGAAAAUAGUUGAUGAUGAUGAUGGUGCAGUGAAGGAGACUGGAUGCUGCAUCAGUUUGAGGUUUAUUGGCUGCUGUGCUGCUUCAAGAUCUAAAGUAGAUAGCUCUGUGAGUAGCAUCAGCACUCAUGAAAUAAAAUCAACAAACGGUACUAGCAGAGAUCAACCAGUUGGUGCUGUUAUACCAUCCACCACCACAAGCAAUGCUGAAAGCAGUUCUUCCAGCUCCAAACUCGAAGAGGAGCUUAAAGUCAAUUCUCGGCUGCGGAAGUUCACAUUCAACGACCUUAAGUUGGCGACGAGAAAUUUCAGGCCAGAGUCGCUUCUUGGUGAAGGGGGAUUCGGGUGUGUGUUCAAGGGGUGGAUCGAAGAGAAUGGUACAGCACCAGUAAAACCUGGGACAGGACUUACCGUUGCAGUAAAAACGCUGAAUCAUGAUGGACUUCAGGGCCACAAAGAAUGGAUGGCUGAAGUGAAUUUUCUGGGCGACCUUAUUCAUCUUAAUUUGGUUAAAUUAAUCGGCUAUUGCAUCGAAGAUGAUCAGAGGCUGCUCGCUUAUGAGUUCAUGCCUAGAGGAAGCUUGGAGAACCACCUUUUCAGAAGAUCUCUGCCACUUCCUUGGCCCAUUAGGAUGAAAAUAGCUCUAGGUGCUGCCAAGGGGCUUGCUUUUCUGCACGAGGAGGCGGAAAGGCCAGUCAUAUAUCGUGAUUUCAAGACUUCUAACAUCCUCUUGGAUGCUGAAUACAAUGCCAAACUUUCUGAUUUUGGACUCGCUAAAGAUGCUCCAGAUGAAGGCAAAACUCAUGUUUCUACGCGUGUGAUGGGAACGUAUGGUUAUGCAGCUCCGGAGUAUGUCAUGACAGGACACCUGACAUCAAAGAGCGACGUCUACAGCUUUGGUGUUGUUCUGCUCGAGAUGCUGACAGGCAGAAGAUCAAUGGACAAGAACCGCCCCAAUGGCGAGCAUAACCUUGUGGAGUGGGCCAGGCCCCAUCUGCUCGAGAGAAGGCGCUUCUACCGCCUGAUAGAUCCUCGUCUCGAAGGCCAUUUUUCAAUCAAAGGCGCCCAGAAAGCUGCCCAGUUGGCGGCACACUGCCUUAGCCGGGACCCAAAAGCCAGGCCUCUGAUGAGUGAAGUUGUUGAAGCUUUGAAGCCUUUGCCGAACCUUAAGGACAUGGCCACCACAUCCUACUUCUUUCAGACGAUGCAAGCUGACCGGAGCAGCCCCAACCCAAACAGCAAGAAUGUGUUUCGAACGCAGGGGUCCUUCACCAAAAACGGGCAGCAGCAACCUAGAAGCGUCUCGAUUCCAAAGGGGACACAUGCCUCACCAUAUCAUCAGAACUUAGCUCAGAAUUCUCCAAAACCAAAUGGGCCAGAUAUGAGGUUUGAUAGGUUAAUGGUUACGCGUUGGAAUGCCUCCCCCAUCUCCCUCCCCUCUUCCUCCGCCUACCCUCCCGUUGUAACAUAGAAUUGCGAUUUUAACAGUGCAUUUUGUUAUGUAAGUAUUCUUGAAGAUGGGAACUUCUGAGUUCUGCUAUUCCAUCUUCCAUUCUCAUUGCUAAAUGUUGGUGUUUCUCA